AUGAUAGACUUGCUUUCUACCGGGCAGGAGAAUGUGCCAAACUACAGAUGUGGAAGAUCCAAAAAUCUGUUGAUGGUGCUGGAAGGGACAGAUUCUGAGCUCUUCAUUCACUUUUCAACCAUGUUGGGCAUCUACAAAAUCCCACAGAUCAGCUAUGGGGUCAUCAGCCACAUUCCUGAGCAAAAACAUCAUUUCCCUUUUUUCUACCGGAUAAGUCCAAAACAAGAGCCGCCUCACUUGGCCAUUGUCAAGCUGCUCCUGCAUUUCCGAUAUGCAGCCCAUUGUGAAAAGUGUCCCGAUGACCAGCAUUCCAAUAAGAAGCGAGAUCAAUGUGUCCCCAAAGUUAUAAGCUGCCUGUCCUAUCAAGAGACGUUGGGUCUCAUCCUGUCUCUCAUUGCUUUUUUACUGUUUCUGAUCACUGGCUUUAUUCUAGGAAUCUUCAUCAAAUACCGAGAAACUCCCAUAGCCAAAGCCAACAACCGGGACCUCACCUACAUUCUCCUGAUUGCCCUCCAGCUUUCUUUUUUAUCUUCAUUUCUAUUUAUUGGUCACCCCAAGAAAGUGACCUGCCUUCUUCGACAAACCACCUUCAGUGUUGUUUUCUCAGUUGCCGUGUCUUCCUUGCUGGCCAAGACCAUCAUGGUAGUGGUGUCAUUUCUGGCCACAAAGCCAGGCAGCACAAUGAGGAAAUGGGUGGGUAAGAGUCUGGCGAAUUCCAUUGUCUUAUCCUGCUCUGGAGUUCAGGCUGCCAUCUGUACCAUAUGGCUGGGAAUCUCUCCCCCAUUCCCAACUUCUGACCUGCAUUCCCAACCAGGACAGAUCCUGUUGGAGUGUAAUGAAGGCUCAGUCACUAUGUUCUACACUGCCCUCAGCUACAUGGGCUUUCUGGCUGCCAUCUGUUUCUUGGUGGCUUUUCUAGCCCGCAAACUGCCAGCGACUUUCAAUGAAGCCAAGUUGAUCACCUUCAGCAUGCUGGUUUUCUGCAGC